CGCUGAGGUCGUUGGUGUCUGUUGAACGGCUCGUGGAAGUCGUGCUGCCUUGGGUAGGGCGUUAAGGUCGUUCUUGAGAGGAACGUCUCUGUCCGAAGAGAAAAUGAGUUUAGCUCUGAGAAAUGAGCUUGUGGUAGACAAAACAAAGAGGAAAAAAAGAAGAGAACUCUCUGAAGAACAGAAACAAGAAAUUAAAGAUGCUUUUGAACUAUUUGACACAGACAAGGAUGAAGCAAUAGAUUAUCAUGAAUUAAAGGUGGCAAUGAGAGCCUUGGGGUUUGAUGUAAAAAAAGCUGAUGUACUGAAGAUUCUUAAAGAUUAUGACAGAGAAGCCACAGGGAAAAUCACCUUUGAAGAUUUUAAUGAAGUUGUGACAGACUGGAUAUUGGAAAGAGAUCCACAUGAAGAAAUAUUAAAGGCAUUUAAACUAUUUGAUGAUGAUGAUUCAGGUAAAAUAAGCUUGAGAAAUUUGCGACGUGUUGCCAGAGAACUGGGUGAAAACAUGAGUGAUGAAGAACUUCGGGCUAUGAUAGAAGAAUUUGAUAAAGAUGGUGAUGGAGAAAUAAAUCAAGAGGAGUUCAUUGCUAUUAUGACGGGUGACAUUUAAAGAAUUACAAGGAUAAACACUAAGAAUGUUGCAGUUACAUCUCAUAUUCUAUUUUUGUGCUGGAGCCGUGUUAAAAAGAAAUCCAACUUAGUUCUCUUUUUCCAAAAGGACCAAAAAUAAGUGUCUUAUGUAUUCAUAUUUUACUACUGUUAAUUUUCUUUGUAUGAGCAGUAUUGUUAGCACUCUAAUAGUUUAGGUUUGUAUUUAUAAUACAGCUUUUAUAUAUAUAUAUAUAUAUAUAUGAUAUAAUAUAUAUAAAAUUUAAAAAUUGAAUCACAUGGUACACAUUCUCUGAAAGUUUUUUAUUCGGCAUCAGUAGUCACUUUUGUUUUGAUGUACACAUUAUGCAGACUUUCAUUAAUAAAGUCUUUAUUUUAGUAGUACUUUAAAGUAUGGUAAAUUUUCUGUUUUAUUUUGAUUCCGAGUGUCUGUUAACGCUCAAUAGUAUGUUUCUUAAAUCUUUUCUCUUUGAACUACUAGUUUCAGAAAAAAAAAUUGAAAUACAAAUAGCAACAGAAUAGCACUUUUUCCAUUACAGGUUUGACAUUUUAUAUUUCAAUACAGGAUGAGUACUCAAUACACGCAUAAUUCCUUUUUUAAGAGUCAUGUCUUGCAGUUUGGAAGGAAAAAGUGUGCAUAUAGACCCAUUUAUCCUCAUGUAUUACGUUCGAUAGCACUUCUCGUGUCUUAACGUAAGUUGUGACAGUUGAAUCUGGAUAUUUCCUUAAACUAAUUGAGUACAGUUUGAAUCGUCUGAUUUCUUGACAAAAUGAAAGAUUUAAAUUUUGGAAUUGUGAUCUGUUAAGAUAAUUAUCACUCAGUUAAACGUCACAAUGAUGAAAAUAGAAAACUAAGCCACAGAAAUAUUUAAGAUUAUGUUUUACCUGUAUAAAGGAACAUUUUGUGAUUCAGCAGGAAACAGUAGAGACAGACUUUCCAGGUAUUGGUGGGCUCUUCUGCCUUGUAGAAAUGUAUGUUAGGGGGGAGACAAAGUGGUAAUGGAGAUAGGUUGUAGGGAAUUGGUACCCAUUCUGAUCCUUCACUAAUUAUCUGGUUCCUGCUGGUAGGGACUCUCUGGAAGAAAGUUGUCUAUUUCAGUGACCUUUCUUUAGAUUUCUUGCUUUAAAUUUAAAGUACAGUAAUAAUUUGAUGCACUUGAAAUAUUGUGAGCUUCCUAGAGUAUUCCAUAAAGAGUUACCCACUAGAAAUUAAACAAACAAAUCAGUACGGAAUAAUAUAACAGUGGUGACACUUCAAAUAGUUAACUAGAAAAGUAAGAUAAUUGCUCACCAUAUUAAAAUUUAAUUUUGAAUAUGAACAUCAUGCUCACAGUAGUAACAAUAUCCAGGGCAACAAAUAUUCUUUGAAAUUAAAAAAAAUUUUAUCACCCUUAUUGAUGAAUUGCCUUCUAUGUCUUGAUCACAAAAUAUGUUGAUUUCAAGGAAAUUAAAAAAUAAAAGUGAAGAGUAAAACACAGAUAAAAAUAAAUCUAGGCUUGCUUGUCUUCUGCCACUUUAUUAGAACAAAUAAUCCAAACUACUUUUUGUCGCUUACUAGAUAACUCCUUUAUUCUUAAUAUAAAUACUUAUUCUUUGGGAUACCAGCAGUUUUGUUUCUUCCCUUCUUACUGUGGGUUGAGGGAAGAGUGCCCACCAUUAGUUCGUCAUGUUUUGUGGAAGUUUUCUCCCUGCAGAAGGGUGUGGAUAAUUUUUCACUGUUAACAGUAACUAUAGAGUUGAAAGGCCAAUAAAAUGGCUAGUAGAGGUGGG